UGCAUUGGGCAGCUCCUGUCAUUAUCUGCCUGUUGACAGAGACAGCUGCAGAGCUUUUCCACUCUCUGUACCAUCAGGGCUCACUGCUCCAGGCUCCAGGUAGCCCUCCCCGCUUCCUGCUCUCCUUAAUGCUCUCCUGAAGGAGGGCAGACACUUGGCAGUUGUAGGUGGCUGAGCCUUUGGCUGCAGUGAGCAACAGGCCCUUAGAGCUCUCUGCUCCUUUGGUGGAAACAUCGGCUCUGUUUAGAGCAGAAACUCCUUGGAUCUGUCUUUCUUCUUUCUCACAGACCUCCCGAGGAAACUGCCAUGGAUCAGUUCAUCUUAAACUUCCUGAAGAAUGCUUCAGAAAAGAAUUUCCAACAGUUAGCAGAGCAAUUUCUGCCUCAUUACUUUACAUUAAUCAGUAAGGUGGGAGGCAUGAUCUCUCCAGAAACUCUCACAGCUAUUCAAAAAGCCCUCCAGGAGGGAAGACUGACUGAUGUUGUGAGCAAGAUUCAGGAAGUAAUUGCUGCUGCAGAAAAUGCUGUCCUGGAGGUGGCUGUGAUUGGGGAGUCGGGGACUGGCAAGUCCAGUUUUAUAAAUGCCCUGAGAGGGUUGAGUCACGUAGCAGAAGAGGCAGCCGAUGUCGGGGUUGUGGAGACCACUAAGCAUAAAACCCCUUAUCAACAUCCAAAAUACCCCAAAGUGACCUUCUGGGACCUGCCAGGGACCGGGACUCCCAAUUUCCUCCCAGACACUUAUCUAGACAAAGUGGGAUUUGAUAACUAUGACUUCUUUGUCAUCAUUUCUUCUUCUCGGUUCACCAUCAAUGAUGCUCGCCUGGCUCAGAAAAUCAAGGAUGCGGGGAAGAAGUUCUACUUUGUGAGAACCAAGGUGGACAGUGACUUGUUUAAUGAAGAGAAAACCAAACCCACAACCUUCAAAAAGGACAGAGUCCUUCAGCAGAUAAGAGACUACUGUCUGGCUAACCUCAGUGACAUUGGAGUGUCUGAACCACGCAUCUUCUUGAUCUCCAACUUUGAUCUGGAUCGUUUUGAUUUCCCAAAGCUGGAGGAGACGCUCCUGAAGGAGGUCCCUUGCCACAAGCGUCAUAUGUUUGCACUGCUGUUGCCCAGUAUCAGUGAUGCUUCCAUUGAGAUAAAGAGAAGUUUUCUCCAGGAGAAGAUCUGGAUGGAGGCCUUGAAGUCGGCGGCUCUAGCCUUCAUCCCCUGCAUGACCUUCUUGAUGGGCUUCGACUUGCCUCAGCAAGAACAGUGCUUGAAGGGGUACCGAAGCUAUUUUGGCUUGGAUGAUGAAUCGAUUGAAGAGAUUGCUGAAAAGCUGGAUACACCCGUGCAAGACAUCAGGGGCCACCUCAAGAGCUUGGACUUCUGGUCCCUUGUAAAGGAUGACAGCAUAGUGGCAAAAUCUAUAAACUGUGCUGAAGCUUUUUGUGCCGUGAAAGGAGGCCCUUCGUCUUCUGUCAUCCAGGGUUUCAAAGCCUACAAUCUGCAUUCAAAAUUCCUUAACGUGGUGGCUGAUGACGCUAAACAUCUCUUGAGGAAGAUAGAAACAGUAAAUAUUGCCUAGAAAAAGAGUAAAUGAAUUUCAAGGCUUGUGUGAGUAAGUUGGGAGUGAAUUGUACUUCUGCCAAACUCCCAGGCCAGCUCCUCCCUAAGGUUCACGGGUUCUGUCCCAUGGAGGAAGUUCAUUGCUUUCCUUUAGAGAUCACUAACCUGAAAGGAUAGUUUCGGUGGCCGUAGCCUGUUUUCUGUGUUCGUUGAUUUAUUAUGCUUGAUUACCAGCAUUUGCACACCACCAGCUUUUAACAUUCUCUCUGGUAAGAGAUAACUCGUUUCUGACCCAUUUAUGGCAAUAAAAUUGCAAUAACAAGAUGAGACUUAAAAUCACCAUUUCCCAGUUCUUUUUCUCCUCACCAGUAUAAAGAGCGGUCUAUGAAUAUGAAGUCAUGGCUGAGGAUUAGUAAAAUGUUUGCGGUGGGGAAAUGCAACAUGAACGGGAGGUGGUGACAAAAUGAAGUCCCGAAGCAGGAGAAGAUCUUGGAAAGAACAUGGCAUGUAAGAGGUCAGGGGGGCGAGUACUGGCUUGGUUCGUAGCUAGGAAUACGGCACACUGAUGUGAGAGAGGUUCCAGGAAGAGCAGACGUCUGCUGGGGAAUAAGGAAAGUAAGGGAUGGGCAGUCAGAGGAUGAAAGGAGCAUAGAGAGGGUACCAGAGUCACGUCAAAGAAAGCCUGCCAUGUUAGGAGUUUGCUUUUUCCUCAAGGGAGGCAGGAGUAAGGAAGCCGAGGCAGGCGGGGUAGAGAAACAGCCUGGGCAGAGCUCCCCAAUAGAGGAUCGAGGAUCGCUGCUGGUGUCUAUUUUAAGCAAGCCUGUGGAAGGUCCAGGGCAGAGCCAUCACCUCUGGGAGGCUCUCUCAGAUCAUUCCAGAUGAGGUCACCGGGGUGGGCGGGGCUCCGGAGGUGGUGAUGGAAACAGAAGCAUGUGCUUUGGGAGUGAACUUGGAGUAGGAAGUUGCAGCAAUGGCGGUGGAGAGGCCGAGAGAAAGGAUUAUGUGGAUACACACCCCCCGAGUGUCUGGGAGAGCACCAUCCCCACUACUUGGCGUGGAGAGGAAUGGAAGGAGCUCAAGUGAGGAGAGGGAUCUGGGGUUCAGCUACAUUCACGUAGGCAGGAGCUUCCUAUACAGACAUACCAGAAGGAGGUGGGUAAAUAAUGUGGUAAUUGAGGUAGGGGUGAAUCCUGGAGGACCUAGGAUGGGUUGAGUUAAUCACAUGGGUGAUGCUCACCCCGCCCCCCACCACAAACAUACAAAAGCCAAACUCCAGCCAACCAAUACAAAAUACAAAAACAUACAAUUAAAACUGAGAAAAACAAAAGCAAAGCAAACUCAAACUUGCGUGGAUCCCCUCCUUUCCCUCUGGCCUGGCUGUACUCUUGGUUCUCUGCUGCCCCCGUGUGGCUAUUUCCUUUCAUAGUAGGCGAGGCUAAUCUGAGCUGCUGAAUUCUAACAGAGUUCACUAUCUCCCUGAGUGAGCUGUGGUCUUGUUCUAGGGAAAGUGCCAUGUUCGAGUCUUCCUCAUCCAUGACGCAACAACACUCCACUUCCCUCCUCUGUUAAUGACGGGUCUGUGUAGUUGCAGGUUACCACGCUGGGGAUCCUCUAAAGGGCUAGCCUUCUCUCAUCCGUUCAUCCACCAUCAGAAGCUCCUGCUGACCCUUCUAAAACACACCCGUUCCUGACUCCUUUCCACCUGCCGUUUCCUACCCGACGCCAGCAAUUGUCAUUGCCGCUCUGCAUGAGGGCAAUGCCCCCUACCUGGGCUGACCUUCUAAAUAAAUGGUAUUCAGUCAUGUUACGCA